AGUAUUUCCGGUACAGAAAAUCAUGUGUUGGCGUGUUUUCGUUUUUGAAUGAACAGUAAAAAAAGUAAAUGGAGGAUCGUGUCUACUUGAACGAGCGUUGCAAGGCUGCACUAAAGAAAACGUUUGGCCACGAAGACUACCGUUCAGAACUUCAAAGACGAGCAGUUGAAACAGUAAUCAAAGGAAAGAAAGAUGUGUUUGUGUCUAUGCCAACUGGAGCUGGAAAAUCUCUGUGUUAUCAGCUCCCGGCUGUCGUAUCUAGGGGAAUCACACUUGUGGUGUCACCCCUGAUUGCUUUAAUACAAGAUCAGCUGGACCACCUACUAGCAAUUAAGGUUCAAGCAGCUUCUUUGAACUCCAAGCUUUCUUCUAAAGAAAGAAAGCAAGUGCUGGGUGAUUUACAAAGCAAGAAGCCCAGGGUGAAGUUAUUGUAUAUCACACCAGAGUUAGCUGCCACAGUCAACUUUCGAGAAAUUCUUGAGAAACUGCAUGCUAGAAAAUUAUUGAGUUAUUUAGUUGUUGACGAAGCCCACUGUGUGUCUCAAUGGGGCCACGAUUUCCGCCCAGAUUACCUCAAGUUGGGAUAUCUAAGAACCAAGCUUCCAGGUUUGCCUUGUGUGGCACUGACUGCAACUGCAACACCUCAUGUGGUUCAGGAUAUCUAUAAAUCUCUUCACCUUAAAGAACCUGUGGCAAAAUUCAAGAGUAGCUGCUUUCGCCCAAACCUGUUUUAUGAUGUGUCAAUGAAGGAGAUAAUUGAGGACCCAUAUCAGGACCUGUAUGAAUUUGCUGUGAAAGCUUUGACAGGAGACAGCCCUGAUAACUCACUCACGCAAGCCUGUGGCAGUGGUAUCAUAUACUGUCGGACCAGAGACGCCUGUUCCGAGGUGGCAGGAAGACUCAGCAGGAAGGGACUACUGGCCAAACCAUAUCAUGCUGGCCUGAAAGAUUCUUUACGAACAGAGGUUCAGAAUGAUUGGAUAGAAGGGAGACUGCAUGUGAUAGUAGCCACCAUUAGUUUUGGAAUGGGUGUGGACAAGGCUGACGUCAGGUUUGUGGCUCACUGGACCAUCCCUAAGUCAAUGGCAGGCUACUACCAAGAGUCAGGACGAGCUGGGAGAGAUGGCAAGUUGUCAUUUUGCCGCCUGUAUUACUCUAGACAUGAGAGAGACACCAUAGUUUUCUUGAUACAACAGGAGAGCUUGAGACAAACAGCAAAUGGGGCAGCACAGGGUAAGAUAGCUGAUGGCUUAUCAAUUCACAGCAAGGCCUCGCAGGAAAGUUUUCAAACCCUGGUCAACUACGUGGAGAAACCCCAAUGCAGACAUGCAGCUAUCGCCAAAUACUUUGAAGAUGACAGACCAGAUUGCAAUCAAGGCUGUGACUACUGCAAAAAUCCGCGUCAGGUGGAAAAAAUGGUGGACAUGCUACAGAAAGGGGUUUACGCCAAUGCCAACAAGGAUCGCCGUAGCAGGACCAUGAUGGUGACGGAGUCUGCAGGCCCUGAUCCUGAUAUGUAUGGAGGGGGGAGAAAAGGAGCUCGGAGUGAGUGGAGUGAUCAUAGUGAUGAGGAUGGGGAGGAUGUUUAUAGAAGAGAGAAACGUGAGGAGAAAGAGAAAAAGCAAAGGCAUCAGUUCAUUUUGAAUGAGUUUAAGAAAAGGAAAGGGGCUCAGCUGAAGGAUAAUGGUAAAGAAGACUUUGAAGCUCCUGACGAUGACUGUCCCUUGAGGGAUGCAUUUAAUCAGAGAAUUCCUAAACUUACUGUGAAGAACCGUGAGCACUGUUUUCAGAUGCUGGAAGAGGCACUGAAAACCAACUUUGUGCAGUAUUUUAGUGAUAACCCUGUCAAACUGCAGGCCAUGGAUUAUGAACCUAGGUGCUGCGCCAUUGAUCAGGAGUAUGAAGUGUUUAAAGCUAACAAACUAGCUAAUGUAUACAGGGCCAAUGUUAUAAAGAAGAUAAAUGAAAUCAAGAAGUGCACUCAACAGAAUCAAAUCCAUGAUUGCCUCGUGCCAAAAUAUGCCCCAGAUUCUAAUCCUGAGGAACCCUUUUGUGAAGAUGAUACUGAAUGCAUGGGAGCAGACUCUCUUAUAACAGAUUCAAAUGCUGAAAAGGAUGAUGCGGAUCCUGAUGUACAAUGUAGUUUCAUUUCAGCAUCUUCUUUAGUAAAAAAGCCAGAAAAAUUUGAUAAAUCAAAGAUUUCAAACUCCUUAAUUCCCGCCUCUUUGUUGCAAAGCACAGCAGAUGGUGUUAAACCAGCAACAGUGUCUCAGUUCUCUGGGUUUAAGCCUGCCUCAUCAAUAUUAGAUCAGUCAGCCAAAGCUGUGAUGGGUUUUAGCAAGGCAAGCAGCCUGAUCACAUCCUUUUCUUCAGCCAGCAGUCAUGACAAAUCUGCAGCCACAGAGGCAGAAGAACCAUCACAUAAAAGAAAAAAGCAGACCAAACUUCAGCAGAUUGCUGCAAAAAAUGGACUGAAACCCAUCACUUCUUUCUUUGAUAAACCAUCCUCUGAGUCAAGUAAUGCCCCACAAACAUCUCUGGACAUAUCAGAAUCUGAUGAGGAGCCUCAAUUGGAGAUUGACCUUGACAUUGGAAAUCCUACAAGCAGGUCACCUUCACCUUCACAUUUCAAGGGCGUUAUUAGUGAGACAAAAGAUGACAAAUCUGUGUCCAGUAAUUCUAAGGUGCCUCAUAUGAAACAUUUCUUUGAAGUUAGUGACUAUGAUAACAUGAAGACAAGGCUGCCACACAGUGUGAAAAACUACUUCACAGCUCCCAGAGAGGGGCAGAAUUUGGAGAAAGGCAAGAAGAGGUCAAGGGAAGAGGAACCUACUGCUCAUAAAAGUAAACAAUUGAAGGAGGAUACACAGCAUACAUCUGGACAUUAUCACAAGAGGUCUUGUCACCAAAAAGACAGCAGUGUCAAACAUACUCUAAAUAAACAGAAACACCAACCUAGGGAGGAAAGUGCAAUAGAUGUGAAAAAUGAGGCAGGGAAUUUGCCUUUAACUGAUGGUUUUUGCAAUAAAGAUCUAGCUUCUGCAUCAAAAGGCUCUCUUGUGUAUAACCCAAAAUCAAGCCUUCAAAGAUGUUCCCAAGAACAGAGCUCAUGUGCAUUUUGAUAGCAUAGCUGAUAUAAAAAAAUUGCCAUCUUCAAAAUCAAAAUCACUCAAAGGACAUGAUAAUGGAUUGCAGAGCUCUAGGAAAUCAACCGAGAAGUCAGCGAGUAGAAAAUCAGCACCACACAAUAUGAGCAGUGAAGAAGGUUUGAAAAACACUGCUGCCUUAAUAGUGAAAUACUUGACUGGGUAUUACAAGGAUGGGAAGUUCACCUCUAAGGAAUUAUUUAAGCUCCUUGCAAAGAAGUUAUCUCACAAAUUGUCGAACAGCCAAGGUGUUACUUCUAAAAAUGUGAAAUUAUGUGCCAAAAGUAUCGUGAAAGAGUUUUUUAAAACCUGUCAGAAAGUGGAGCACAGAAGUCAGCUGGAGGAUGGGAUCAUAGAGAGGCUGGAAUUUGGUGUGUACUAACAAUCGUGGUUCUGGAUAGGUGGCAGCACAGGUACAGGGGAUCUUAAGACUUCACUUAUACCAGGAAGUGUAUGAAGCCACAUGUAUUUGCUUGAUAACUAUAACUGUACAUCUUUGUUUAAUUUCAAAUUGUGCAAUAUGCAAAGCAAUUUCAGAAAAAAAUUAUUUUGCAUUUGGAAAAUACAGAACAGCUUGUGGCCAAAUUGAAAUUCUUAUUUUAUGCAUGAGAGCUGGUCUAUUGUCAGUUAUAUAUUUUAAUUUGGAGCAAAACAAUAAGUAGACAUGGAUGCUGUGGUUUUUUUUUAAAAAUUGUUUUAUUUCCAGUUUUAAGCAUGCUAUUCAAAAACUAGAAUACAAAUAAGAAUGUAUCUCAUAUGACAGUCUUCUACACUUGUAAGUUGGAUAUUGUUGUUUCACCUUACUUGCCAUUAUAUUUAUGUGUACAAUAACUGUAUACAUUACUGAUAAAACCAGUUCAGUAAAUAUCAUCAACAUAUUGCUUAACUACCACAUAUCAUUGAGGGUGGACAUUUUUUACAUAUUUUAUAAUUGCUCUAAAAAUGAGCUUACACAUUUACACUGCAGAGCAAUGGUUUUACUUUUAGCACACAACAAUGA